UCAGCUCUUUAUACAACCUGUAUGGCAACUAUAUUAUUGUAACACAUAAAUAGUCUUUUUUUUUAAAAAAAAAAAAAUAUAAAUGAUAGGCACAUUUGCCUCAGUGACAAAGGAAGUCACCCCAGAGUGUAUUUUGGCUAUAAAGACAUACUCAAAGCAGCAUGGAAAAUUAGCUCUCGAACAUUACCAGCGAGAGGUUAAAGCAUUGAAGAGAUUAGAUUUAAAAGAUGCUAAUUUUGCAAAAGAACAUCAUAUUGUUUACUUAUAUUCAAUUCAUGAAACGCCGUCAUCUUAUCAGCUAUUCCUUACUUGGUAUGACUAUAAUCUAAGACUCUAUUUGAAACAACCACAAACUACAACGCGACACACACUUGCACACAGCUUUCUUCAGCAAAUAUCUCAAGGGCUGCUCUUUAUACAUUCGCAUGGAAUUAUUCACUGUGAUAUAAGCCCAGAUAACAUUCUGGUAGAUUCUAAUGGAAACAUGUGUAUUGGCGAUUUUGGCUGUUCUCGCAUGAUUUACGAAAAAGACCAGCCUGUCCAAAAUGAAGUGAUUGGAACAAGAUGGUAUAAGGCUCCAGAGUAUCUUUUUGGUUACAAAAUUUAUGCUCCCUCAACCGAUAUAUGGUCUUUAGGAGCAACCUUUACAGAACUGUUGAUAGGAAAGCCACUGUUUCAAGGCAAUAAUGACUUGGAGCAAAUUGGUCUCUAUGUGAAAACACUUGGUGCUCCUUCUAAACAAGUCCAAAAAGUAUAUACUCUUCAUUAUCUAUUUGAGGAUAGGCUAAUCAUCAUAUAGGAAAUGUCGAUUUAUCCUGACGCUAAUAAACUCAACUUUUUUGAUAUGGAUGAUCCUGAUUCUGAUAUGGAUGACGAAAAAUAUGAAGAAUCCCCUGUAAAGUCAUUAGAAGAAGUACUGGAGCAUGCCAAUGUAGACAUGAAAGACCGCACAUUGAU